AUGCCAUCUCAAUCCUUCUCAAAAUUCUGGUACACAGAUCUCACCCGAGACUGUCUUCUCUCUAUGCUAGACACCUCCACCCUGAAAGACCUACGUCUGGUCUGUCAUGACUUUGCUGCCACUACAUCCCGCCAUUUAUUCCGAGAUGUAUCAAUCACAUUUCGAAGCAGUACGUUUACGAAACCGGCGCGCAUGGCUGCACUAGAACGCAUUGGUGGACAUAUUAGAACCGUGACUUUUGUCAUGGAGCAUACUGCAGAGACAUUCUUACCACCGUUGCUGGAUCCAGGGACUGGGGAUGAGGUUAGUUUUGUUUUUACACCAUUGGCACGGUGUCCAACUCCUCCUGCAAAUGCUACGCCUACAAAUAGAGGACCGACGGAGCCCACGUAUGGAACUUGGGAAAUGACCGACCUACUUAUCAAGCAAUACCCACCUCUGUUUCAUGCGGCGAUGAACGUAUCCUCAUUCGCAUGUGCAUUGACAUAUAUGCCAUCCCUGCAACAUUUGCGAGUGAACUGUGCCGGUCAAGACCCCAUUUAUCGCUACCGUCGCAGUGUGGUCGAUUAUGCACUUUCCUCUUUGAGAAUCGCAAUUGAACAAGCACCCCUCCCGCGCCUAGAGGAAUUGUCACUCACCCCCAUCCAUCCCGGUGGCAUCCAAUACCUGUGUCCGAUGGCGGGUAUGGGCUCAUUACCGAACAGCUGUAAACGAUGGACUCGUAUUCGCAAGCUCGACAUCCAUAUGGACACUUUCCCGUUCGAAAAAGGUCAGGCAACCGAUCAUUUGAAAUUUUUGCAUCUUUUUAUGUUUCACUGGACGGAUACAAAGGGAAAGGGACCGAGUCCAUUGUCUCUAGCCACAGAGCCGGCUCUCUGUGAAUUGGCGGCGAGGUCACAGGCUUGUCCUAAGACGAGACAUUACUUACGUCCGUUGAAAUUUCCGCAUUUACAAUAUAUGGUCUUGGGUAAUGCGGUUCUGGAUGCAUCGCAGGUCUCGGAUUUCCUAACCGAGCAUCGUCACUCGUUACUCGAGUUUGAUUUUGAGAAUGUCUCGCUACGGAGUGGUACGUGGGAAGAUGCACUUAUCCCUUGGCGCACGCUAUCGAGCGCCGAGUAUGAGGGUGCCUGGGGUGAGAAGCAGCAACCUGAAGUCGAAGUCAUGGAAGUUCCGCUCGUCUUAAGCGCAAACCCCUUGGUUGGUGAAUCAUCGCCGCCGGAACAACACAAGAGACGGAAAAGGAAGAAGAAGAAGAGACACACCAAAACGACAGAAGUACUGCCUAAUAACGAUCUGUAUGCGUCAACUGCUGCGAUGUUAUUAGAAGAGGAGCCGGUACAUCGACCGAACCUGAAUUUCAGGACUCUCCGUGAGGGACUGAGUAAUUGGGCGCGGUCAAAGAGGACACUUUGGAAGAAUCAUGAUUUUCUGCACAAGACGGUUCAAUCGCCUAUACUUGUGUAG